AACGAAGCCGCCAGGAGAGCCGCGUGGGGCAAGACGGGCGUCGUCGGGCUGAGAGAGGCGGGGCUCGAGCAGGUCCCGAGCGACGUCUGGGAUCUCGGCUCCUCGGUCCGCGUCCUCGACCUGCACCGCAACCGCAUCGCCUCGCUCCCCGCCCCAAACGUCGCCGCCCUCGUCAACGUCACCAAGCUCCGGCUCAGCGGCAACGACGUCCAAACGCUUGGCGACUUUUUCCACUCGCUCGCGACGCUCCCGGCGCUGACGACGCUCGCGCUCGAAGAUAACGCCAUCGCCGUCUUCCCAACGCCAGCCCCGGGGAGCUUUCCGAGGCUUGAGGAGCUGACGCUGGACGGCAACGUCCUGACGUCACUUCCGGACGCGUUCGGGGAAGGCGCUUCGAUGCCGUCGCUUCGAAGGCUGGGCGUCUCUGGCAACGCGUUAACUUCGCUGCCGCCGUCGCUCGGGCGGUGUGCACAGCUGGACGCCAUCGACGCGCGGCGCAACGCGAUCGUCGCCGUUCCCGAGUCGCUCGCGGCGGCGUCGAUGUUGCGGUCGCUGCUGCUGGACGGGAACAGGGUGGGAGUGGGCGGGGUGCCGACGUCGGUGCUCGUUGGUUGUACCCAGCUGUGCGAGCUGAGUCUGAGGGACAACGCGGCGUCGAUGGAGGAACUUCGCGAGAUUGACGGGUGGGACGCGUACGAGACGAGGCGUGUGGCGAGGGCGGGGAAGGUGCUGGAGAGUCGGGUGAUGCUCGGCGAGCGGGCGUUCGACGAGGGGGGCGAC